AGUUUGUACUCGUGGACAGGGUGCUUUACGAUCGGAUCAGCUGCAUACACUGCAUCAGCUCAAUAACAAACUCUCGUUGACAUUUGCCUCUUCCACAUUGGUGGUCGACUGCAUCCAAGUAAUUUGUGUCCUUUGUUUAUACACUCAUUGGACGUCGAUAUCGUACCUAUAGUCGAAUUUGAAAAUUUUAAAGUUGUAUCAAUUUUCUGGAUAUGUCAGUGGAACAAGAUAAGAUUGAAUUGAUGACGGUCCUUCAAGCGUAAAGUAUGUUGUUCUAUUUUUGGGACGCAAGAGCAAAAUGGCUAGAGUAUCACUUUCCAGAAUGAGAAAGAAGUUUAUGCGGCUUCAUCCUAUUUGGCGUGUGUACAGUCUCUUAAUAGUUCUACUUACUUUGUACAAUGAAGUUUUUAUUUACGUACUUCAGAAGUUUAAAUGGUCCACCAUCAGCUGUCAAGAAGAUCACUGCUUGCGAAUACUUUUGGUAGGAGACCCGCAAAUUCUAGGCAACAGCUUUGAUUCGAGCUACUACUCGCCGCUAGCCAAUUUUGACUCGGAUCGAUUCCUGGCGUGGUACUACGAGAAAGCGGUCGAACACGUACAGCCCGAUGUGAUAUGUUUCCUCGGUGAUUUGAUGGACGAGGGAACCACUGCCAACGAGCAACAUUUUGAGGAAUAUUAUGAACGUUUUGGGCAGAUUUUUCCAACGCAUCCGACUGCUAAGAUAAUCUACAUACCAGGUGACAACGAUAUUGGUGGCGACGACGGCGAAGAGCUAAAACCGUCCAAGGUGAGACGUUUUAGGCAGUACUUCAGUGAGAAACCGGCUUGGAUCAUCAACGAUAACGUAACCAUCUACAACAUUAACAAAAUUACCCUGGAAAGACCGUUGAAGGAUCCUCGACUCGAGAGCAAAGACGGGGAAGAUAGUUCCAACCAUUACAUCCGGAUCUUUCUCAGUCACUUGCCAUUCUUGAGCAGCCCGGGGAGUUUUACUUACGAGGCAAUUGGUAAACUUAAGCCCAACGUGAUAUUUUCCGGGCAUUUGCAUGCAUCGCGCUACGUCCGAAUCCAUCGGAAACACUUGCGAGCGGCGACCUAUAAACCACUUAGUGGAGAUAAAAAGACGGCAUAUAAAGUGCACAGCUUUGAUUUGAGCUACCAUAAGGACACCGAUGAAUUGUUGGAAAUUGUAAUUCCGACCUGUUCGUACCGGAUGGGGGCGUCGGAAAUUGGCUAUGGAUUUGCUGUAAUAGAUGGCACCACACUUAAAUACACGGUACUGUGGACCACCAAACGCUUCCAUCAGCUAAUAUCGUACGUCAUUAUAGUGGCCAUACCGCUAGCAUUCCUACUGUUGACCAUACUGUUCAGAAUCCUGAGAAACGCUUGUGUAUGCCAACGGAGUUCUCGAACCAAGCUUCCGCUUUAUAAUCAGAUAUCGUGAAGUACGUUGUGUAGUUGGUGGAGUACGAAGUGCAUGAUGACCUAUCAUUUGAUCCAGAUUUUAUGGACGCACUUAAUUGGUCGAAUAAAAUAAUAGUAUGUAGUUUGAUAGUUGAUAAAAAGUCUGGAAGUUCUUAGCUUGUUGUUUAUAAUGAUAUUUUAGUU